GUGAAAGUUCUGAAAGUGCGCCGCUGCCGAGCCGCACGACCGUACGGUUGUCGGUGUGUACCGUGUGCCGUUGAGCAUUUCGCAUAAAAAAUAAAUCCCCGCCCCUCCGAAGGUCAUAAAAAAAAAAAAAAAAAUUGUAAAAAUUUUUUUUUUUUUUCAAAAAACCAAAACUACUUGCCCCGCCCCCCCCUCCCCCCGGUCGUGAUCGUCGUCGUGGAAAUUGCCUCUGUCUUUUGUCCGUUUGCCGUCUCUUCGUCACUGCGCUUUUGCGUUUCGAUAGGUUCGCCGCCGAAACGACUUAACGGGGCGACGAUAAUACCGUCGAGUUAUAAUAAUUGAAAAAAAUUUUUUUUAAAAAAGUGUCGAAAUCCACGACCUUUGGCCGGAUUCCAGUGCACAAAUGUGGCCGGCGGCUCGGACGGCCUAGACCGGGACUUCGAUAAUGAACCGAUUUUUCCAAUUAAUACAGUCCGUUCGCGUUAAAGGACGGCACGCCAAUGAGCGUGUGAUCAAGAUAAACCAUAUCUGCCAAUUGCAUUUCAUAUCGGCGGCGGCGGCGGGUGUUUCAACAUUGAGCGGAUGAAGUUGCCCCCAUGAUGCCCGUUAUGCUGAUCCAGCACCACUUGGCCGCAGACAUAUUCGAGUGCUUUACCGUUCGGAUGACGGUAUCUCAUUCACCGGCACAUCGGGCAAUGCGCUACUACCGAAUCUGGAUAUACACGUGCAACACCGUACUACUGGUCUGCGUCGUCUGCUUCGUGGUGAUCGCCUGCCGGCUGGUGGUCGCCGACCAACGGCGGCACCUUGUUCCCGACCUAAACCUGGCCCACCCUAGCCUGUUGUACGCGUACGCCGCGCUGGCGGUCCAGUGCGGAUUCCUGCAGCUGGUCGGCUGCCUGGGGGCGCGCACGCUCAACGAGCGGCUGUUGAACAUCUACUGGCUAAUGCUGCUGGGGCUGCUCAUCGGCGACGCCGUGCUGGGCGUGUACUGGGUGUACAGGUACGACAAAAUGGUCGCCAAACUCAAACCGACCCUGCGGCACAGGCUGUCCGCCGACUUCGACACCGACCCGGAGUUCACCGUCAUCUGGAACGCCAUGCAGCGCGAGCACAACUGUUGCGGCGUGGACGGGCCCCAGGACUACUUUAAUGGCACUCUACAAGUCGUAGAACGUCUCGCAGACUACAUGGCCGUGGUGCCGGACAGCUGCUGUUACCAUCAACCCGAGGUGAUCGCUUCGCCUUUCAGGAGGGACUACUGGCCGCCGUUGUCGACCACGAUAGCCACGUUCACAACCGUGCAAACAGACGAACACGACAACAUGGAAGAGAUGCCGAUCAAAUGCCGGUUGCCCGCCCACCGAUACUUUCAUCCGGGCUGUGAACGGGCGCUCAUGGCGUGGAUGCGCAGGAGCGCCGACGUUCUGUUCGUCCUGGGUUACUGCGUCAUAUCGUUCUUGAAGCUGUGCUUCCUGGGCAUCUUGAGGUACGAGAUACGAGAGAUGAUACAGAAGAUCAAGAUACUGCACGGCGAUGCGGCCCGGCUAGAGUUGGUCAGCGUGCCCCAAGCGGCCGGCAAACUGUUGCAAAAGGUAGAGCACAACGGCAGCGUAGUGCGGGUGUCGAACACGUCCCGGCAAGACACCAUAACAGAAGCGUGUACGGAGGCGUCUAAGCCGUUGUUCAAAGGUCGUUCGGUGGAAGCGACGUUCAGGGUAAAGUCGUCGAAUAUGGACGGCAACGAGUCGGAUACCAACAGCCACAGUGCGUUGCUGCUGUGCGACGACAAACACUUGACCGGCUCGUCCAGCAAGAGCAACUACGAGCUGCACGAGCUGAGGGACGUGAACCGGUUGCUGAUCACCAGACACAAGAACCAAGUAUGACUACGGCAAUGCGUGGCCGCUUGGUUCAGCUUGAUCGAGAGCAGCAACCGCAGCAAGUUCCCGUUACUGACGAUGCCCAAACAGCAUACGAGUUAUUGAUAGACAGUAAGAACAUAAUUCAAAUUAAAAGAAAACACUAAACCCUCCAAAAAAAAAAAAAAAAAAAAAAAACCUUUAAUUUAUUAUAUAAAUACCUCAUACUAUAUUACGUUCAAACGGGGUGUACAACAAUUUUUUAUACUUCUUCCAUUCGACGUUAUAUUAUUAUUAUAUUGUCUUUGUGAGCCACGAGGGCAUAUGUGCGUCAAAGGACACUUGGCUUCUGUUAGUGUGUAUAAAUAAACAAGGGUCAAUCUCGAUUUUCCGGUUGAUCGAAUUACUGUAUAACGGCGAACUGUUGAUACUGUUUAAUAGAGAACAAAAAAAAACCACAACGGUCGUUUUCAAAAACGACCAAAUGUGACCCUUUUUAGACCCAGUCCAAGGUCUCCGUUCCCGAAGGGCUUAUAGAAGCUAAAAGGACCAAAGUCCAAGACACUUUUUAAUCAUUUUUACGAUACUAUAAUGUGGGUAUUCUAAAUGUGUUUAGAUAAUAAACAAUAAUCGAAAAUUGGACACAAAGUGACAUCAUCAUAACUUUUGCCGUUUAACCGCAGACAUUUAAUUUGUAAUUUUGAAUUUUGUAAUAUAAAAACAUAUUUUAACAUAUUUCAGGUAUACCUGAAAAAAAAACUGAACAAUAUAGUUUGUAAAUAAUAAAUUUUAAAAAUUUUGUUAAAAAUACAUUAUAAAGAAGUAAGAAGUGAGAUUAGAAGAUCUUAAACCGUCACGCCACAGAAAUCCAGGUUCACUGUGAUAUUUACACAGAUGGAUUAGUGCAUAUAUAAUAUUAUAUCCUAUUAGGGCGGUCUUUAUUUACUUUUAUUUUGUUUUUUGGAGCUAUCGCCCGUCUCUCUGAAUUUAUUUAUUGCCUUUAAAACGAAUGUAUGCCAAAUUCGAACUAAAUGGAAUAUGUGGAAAUAAUGGAAUGUAUGCAAAGCAUUUCAAAUACUUAUCAUAUUUCUCAGUUAGCUUAGGCACAUAAUAAACAUUUAUAAAUCGGUGUAUUCAAGUGAAAGUUUACUGGAUAUAAUUUCAUUCUUGCCUGAAUGUAGGGGAAUAUUUUAUUAGGCUUCACAGCCCUAUCUAGGUAGUGAAAUUGUUAAAUUAAAACCAUUUAUUUGAUGGAAAUGCUACAAAAUAACCUUCACAGCAUCGAAUCUCUUAAAAUUGAAUAAUAUAAUUUUGUUCUGGAAAAAACCACAGAAAAGUGAAAAUAGAGACUUGUACUGAAUAAAUAUGAACAUUAUUGUGAUAAUUGUUUUUACAAUUUUUUUGGGGGAUUUUUUUUUAACAGCAUAAUUCUUUAUUUCAAACACGAUUUUAACACAAUAAAUGCAACACAAUAUUUGUUUGUUUUCCAAUGAAUACCAAAUUCGACACAACUUUUGCCCAAAUCUGAUUAAAUUCAUAAAUUCUAUACAACAUUUUUGCCUUCAUAAGUUUUGCAGUUGUGGAAAAAUUAGAAUUUUUUUUUUUUAAAGCUCAAUCUAGUUAGGUAUUUUUGGGUAAGGACUUGUUAUUUAAAUACCAAACAUAUGGUGGGUUAUGAAAAAACCACUUUUGUUUGGAAUUUUUUUUUUUUUACAAUCUUUGUGAUUGGGCUUCGAGGUCAUUCAGGUUUUGGUCCAUUCUGUUCAAAUUUAGCGGACAGAAUUGCUUAUACAAAAAUUGACGGGUGGUAAGAUACUAAAGCACAAAAAUCGAUGGAAUAAUUUAGAACCGCCCUAACAUACCCUAAACUCAAAGGAAUAGUUUUAAUUUUUUAAUGAAAUGAUUGUCAAGUGCAUGAGAACAAAUAAAAAUGAUUGUCUUCGGAGACUUUUUUCUUCUUCACAUAAACUGUACAAUGUUCUUCUUAGAGUAUUAAAAUUCUUCUUGGCGAUUUUUCCUUUUGCUUGAAAAGAAAAAAAAACGUUAUUGCGACCACAAAAUACAUUACACUAAAUUAACGUAGUUUUUUCUUAUUUUUAUUUUUAUAAACAGAAACUCCUAUCGCCGCGUUAAAAUCCCAAAUGCCCAACAGUGUAUAUAACAAUAUAGAUAACGUUGUUUACAAAACUUAACUGUACCGUUAAACAAAAUUAUGUGUUUUGCAUAAGAAGAGAGGAAGACAAUAUAGUGCACAAACGACUCUCGACUUCUAAUUUGUCGCCAGAAUAUCAUAACUACUUAGAUGAUAACAUUUUUUUUUUCGAGACAUCUUUUUUAUUUACUUUUUUAAAGUCGGAUUUCACAAUUUCAUGUUAUCCAAAUAAACACAUCUGUUAGGUACCUGUUCCAAUGAUAAAUAUUGCAACAUUACUUUUGAUUUAAUCGUUGCUUGCCACUCUCAUUUUCUCUCUUCCUGAAAAAUAUUCUAUGCGUUUAUUAUUAUUCUCUAUUAGCUAGAUGUGCUUGAAAUAAAAAUGAUCUUGUUCGAAUAAUAAUAGUUCGAAAUCCGUUUUUUUUUUUGUUUAAAAAAGUGUGAUUUUGUUAUAACCCUUACCUAUGCAAAAAACAUUAGUGCGUUUGAUUAACACAUUCUCAUUUCACUACCAAUGGUUCGUUAUAUACUAAAUAACAAUUUCAAUACAUUUUAUAACUUUUAGGCUUUCGAAAUUCAAGUACGGCAUGUCUGAAAAAAAUAAUUUCAUAAAUAUACACCUAUACAAUCUGUAUUGGAAAUAAAAACUAAAGCUUCAAAUACUGAUGUUUUUUUUUUUUUUAAUAUUAUAUGUCGAAACUUUUGUAAUGUACAUUAUAAUUUAUAAUAAUUAAUCUACCGACAUUCAGUUAAACCCGUCGAUGAAACUACAAUGACAAAACCUAACCUAGCCUGAUUCGCAUAGGUCAAUGGGAAAUGACAAAAUGAACCAUAAUAGUCAGCAGGCAGGACCCAAAGUUGUAGGAUUUUGAGAAUCCCCAAUUCGAUUUCCUUGAACAAAUUGUAAGCCUAUUAAACCAUUUAGAUUAGGGAUUUCUGAAAUAUUUUUUUGGGGGGAAAUUUUUUCACGCUUUGAUAGUCAGUGUACACAUACUACGUGCAAUAUUUCUAAGUACUUAUUUAAGGAUUUUGAAAUACCUAACUAUAUAUUUUAAUUUACUGUUGUGCUUAUUUAAUACAAAUUUCUAUUACUGUAAUACUUCUAUGAUAAUGUAAAAACUUGGUGAAUUCAUUAUUAUCGUUCAAGUGUGAAACACGGCUAUUAAGCAAAUCGGUCAACAAACUAUGCAAAAAUAAAUUUGUUACAAAAGUAGCUAAAAAAAAAAAAACACAUAGAUACACCUACCUCGUUAGAAUAAAUUUAAUACCCAUACAGAAACAACACAGACAAUAGAAUAUUUAUGUUAUAAUAUAAACUACCUAAAUAAAUAUAUAUAUAGACACUUAGGUAAACUUCCUACGCCAUUCUGAUAGCGAUAAAGAAAAUUUCCAGAUGACAUGUUUUUCAAUCGACCUUUAAGAAAAAAAUUAACUAACAAGUAUACAACCCAAUAACCGAGUCUUUCUUAAUUAGUAUAAUUGAAUUCUGUGUAGUCUAAAAUAAAUGUAUCGUUUUUAAUUCUUAAUUGUUCUAGCUUAAACUUUCUAUAUAGGUAAUUAGUAUAUUAUUCCAUGUUUUAUAUCUAUUAUUGCUUACCAACAGUUGUGUAUAAUACAAUCAUUGGAAAUGUAUAUGUAAGGAAAGUUUGACUGUACACUAGCUAAACAGUGAUUAGGUAUAUUUAAAUCAUUUUUAGUUAAUUAUAAAUAAAUAAUGUUGUACAAAAACAUACAUUAUAAAC